AUGGCUUCGAUCACCUCCAUGCCAGUCGAGAUCCUCCAUCUCAUAUUUCGCGCCCUUCAAGACGUCACAGCUGGGCCAAGAUAUGUCAUUCGGAAACCUCUCGAGCAGGAAGAAACAAAUGCUUCCUGUGUAUCAGACGAUGACCCCAAAAAGCAAGCCAGAUGGACUUUGUCUGACGCCGGUCCUCUUCACCUUGCCGCAUCGUGCAAAAGCCUUCGAGAAAUAUAUUUUUCGCCCUACAUCCCAUUCAACCUCGUCAUGGAAGUACCAGAUCCUCCAGGUACUGGACUUGCCAAAAGGUUUUACGAUUUUUGGUACACAGGAUACGGAGAAGGGAGUCUGGAGCAUCAUUUGAGGCGCCUAAGGAAAUCAUUUCGGGGGAAACCAUUGACAAGAUUUGAGUUUCAAUGGAAAUGGAAAUGGGAAUCAGAAUAUCUGAAUGAACAUUUGGUGUGUAUGCAGCUGUGGACUGAGACUUUGAGGGAUGUCAGUGAAGUGUUUGGGGAUGAACUAGCUGUCGUCGUGUGUUCCCGCGGAGUAGAUGUGGAAACCGAUUUUAUGAGCCACGCACCCAAAAGGAUUCGGGCUCUCGAAGAUAGAAGCAGGAGCUUUCCUGGGCGAGAUCCGUUGCUUCUCAGACCCACAGUGGAUUGCAUCCAACCGGAGUCGGAUAUAGAUGGAGGCAAGGUGACCACAGGCAGUGAGAACAACCAAAUUCUCGAAGAUUUACCACUGCCUCCCGUUCGUAAUGCAGCACCUCGUCGGGCGGAACUUGGUACUUUAACACCUCUAGCCCUGCAUGUAUAUUUUGGCCAUGGGCAGCCUACGGCAGACGUACUGAUGGGUUGCGUCCUCGAAAUGUUUGCUAACAAAAAUCUGCGAUCAUUCUACAUCUGUUCCGACCCCAAUAAUUUCGGAGUUCAUAGACACAACAGGCGUGCAAUUGAGGGCCGAGAUCUGUACCAAAUCAAAAAUCCGUAUACAGUGGGGAAUCCAUGGCGAUUUUUACUGCCUUCAAUUAGUCAAGCCUGCAAGACCCUCGAAUCGAUCACCCUAGACUGUGCUCUUUUCUGGUCAGAAAUAGCCUAUUGCCUUCCUUAUCUCUCCAAGCUCAAACACUUUGACUGCGAACUUAUGUUGAUGUACACAGAGCCGGUCCAUCCUCCAAAGCUCGAAGGAAGAGAGAAGGCCAGGGAAAGGGUCAGCAAUACUUUGGCUCUGAGAGAUGCUGAAAUCGUCAAGCAAAUGAAAUUUAAGAAGAACAAGAACAAGAAAUGGUUAGGUAUUGAAGAUGAGGGAGUGCGAUUUCCGAAAAUAGAACCUCGCAAGGUUGAUAUGGGACCGGAGCCACGGUCGAGAUUUGUCAACGUUCAGAUGGAGGUUUGUUUGCAACUUGGAAAAGAAAGGAUGUUCAAGGGCAGGAGAAGCUAA